CGAGGAUGGAAGAAAAUUUUAUCGACAACAACACGAUUCGAAAUCCGUCUAUGGGGAGCUCCAAUGUAACGACAGAUACGCUCGAUGUGUAUACCUAUGCUAUAGCCUUUGGCUAUGUGUACGUUCAAACCACCAUCUGCAUCAUCGGUUUUGCGCUGAACUUACUCAACUUCUCUGUGUUUCUUCGCGCAAAAUUUGCAGCUCCAACCUACAUAAUAAUGACAUUCCUUUCGCUGGCAGAUGCGGUCACACUUGGCUUACGGAUACCCCAGGGGUAUAUAUUCCUACCUCAAUUAAUGAACCAAUCGUCAGAUGGCGCAAUCUACGUCUAUGUUUAUAAUCUCUACGUGGAGACUCCAGCGACAAACAUGUCAGAGACAAUCAACGCUUGGUUAACCAUGG